CUUAUCUCUCUCUAUCUCUCUAUCUCUCUAUCUCUCUAUCUAUCCAUCUAUCUCUAUCUCUCUAUCAUCUAGCUGGAGGGCUGACUGUCAGGUAUUUCUCAGCAGAAAUCCAUGUAAGAAUGAAAAUAUUUGUAAUGAUCUCUGAACUAUUAAGGAGGGAUCCAAGUUGCCAAGAAGAGUGCAACUGUGCUUGCAGUUCAGAGCAUGAGAUACUGGAGAUCAUUCUGAAGACUGUGCACUAUAUAUGCAGAAAUGAUGUCACUUUAUCCCAGAGAAUGCACACUGGUCAAAGAAGAGAGUGAAAACUAUGGAUUCUGCCUGCGCAUUGAGAAAUUCAAAACAGGGCAUCUUAUCCGAAAUGUAGAAAAGGAUAGUCCAGCCGAGAAGGCAGGACUAAAAGAUGGAGAUAGAAUUCUGAAGAUUAAUGGAGUGUUUAUAGAUAAGGAAGAUCAUGGAAAGGUAGCUGAUUUAAUUAGAAAAAGUGCAAUUCCUAUAUUAUUCCUUGUUUUGGAUGACCAUUCUUAUGAAACUGCAUUAAAAGAAGGAAUCAGUCUUGAAGAGUUGGCUAAAAAGUCACCAAACCAAGAACAGACAGAAGAACCUCAACUUGUGCAAACUGAAGAAUUGGAUUCAGCUCCACAACCCCGUCUCUGUUAUCUGACUAAGGAAAAAAAUAGCUAUGGUUUCUCUUUGAAGUCUUCUGCAGGACAGAAAAGUUUAUUCAUUGUAGAUUUGACUCCACUGGGUGCAGCUGUAAAAGCUGGAGUGCAGCCAAAUGAUCGCCUUAUAGAAAUCAACGGGGAGAAUGUGGAAAACAAUACACAUGAAGAAGUAGUUGAGAAGGUAAAAAAGUCUGGGAAUCGGGUUGUGUUUCUACUGUCAGAUAAAGAAACUGACCAGUAUUACUACAGAUGGAAUAUGCAGCUGAUAAGGGAAAAGGCCAAUCUGAAAUUAUUACCUCACAAGCCCCGAAAUCUUGAGCUCAAAAAAGACAAUAAUGGUUAUGGAUUUUACCUGAGAAUGGAGCAAAAUGGCAAAGGUCACUUGAUUAAGGACAUCGAUUCAGACAGCCCUGCAGCUAAAGCAGGUCUCAGGGACAAUGAUAUCUUGAUCGCCGUAAAUGGAGAGCCAAUUGAAGCACUGGACCAUGAAGCUGUGGUAGAGAAAAUCAAACAAUCUGGUGAAAACACAACCUUACUAGUGGUGGAUGAAGAGACUGAUACCAUGUAUAAAAUGGCUAAAAUAUCUCCUUGUCUCUACUACCAUACAAGACCGGAGCCACAUCUGAGUAUUACAAAGAAAGCCAUGCAUGCUGAGGAAGAAAAUCAGAAGCCCAGACUCUGUAAACUCAUAAAAAGUACCACUGGAUUCGGCUUUCGAUUGAAUGCCAUUAACAAUAUACCUGGAGUGUUCAUCAAAGAGGUAAAGAAGGAUGGGCCUGCCAACAUAGCUGGGCUGCAAGAUGAUGACAUUGUGAUAGAAGUGAAUGGUACCAAUGUAGAGAAUGAAGAGUAUGAAGAUGUAGUAGCAAGAAUUCAAGACAGUGGUAACAGCCUGACACUAUUGGUGUGUGAAGAAAAGGCUUAUCAGCACUUCUGCUCCCAGAAUAAGGCUGUUACAACCUCAAUGGCUGACCCAUUAAAUGGCGACCAUGGUGAGCUUCCUGCUUAUGCAGAGAUACAAGCAACAGAGCCAAAAAAUGUACUGGCAGAACCACGAGAAAGGGUCAGCUCAUCCUCCUCUGAAGAUGACACUGCAUUAUGAAGAUAGCAGAGUCCAAGUCUUUUUCCAUAUUGUACCUGAAAGGGGCUGCUAUUCUGAAGUAAAUGUGCCAAUACUGCCAAAAAAAAAUAUUGGCUGUAAUCCUAUAAUACUUACUUGAAACCAAGUCACACUGAGAAUUACUUCCAAAUGAAUGUACUGAAAAUAAUAUAGCUAAGCUGUUCUCAGAGCACAGUGUCCAUGACACUGGAUGCAAAAACAUCACAGGAUUAAUUUCAGCCAAAAAUGGUAUUAGAGUACAGCACUAAGUCAGUACAUGAUACUGAGUUCUUGCCCUUCGUUCCUAAGUCUAUGGGUAUUUAAAAUGGGGGCAGAGAUGUGAUUUAGAUAUACAAAUAGAUGGUAUGAACCAAGUUUUUUUCCCCAGUUAAUCUGAACACGACUAAAAUCUCUGCAACCCGAGUUUUUUAUCAGAAACUACGGUCAUGCUAAGUGAAAUCACAAUGAGAAUUCAAUUGUAUGAAAGGAGACUUACUGUAUUAAUUAAAACUAAAAUAUAUUGCAUUUAUUCUGUAAUAUUUUUGUCAACUACAUCCAAUUUUGUGCAGAAUUAACUUUAGGUCUUUUGGCUGAACAUUAGGUUCUGCAAAGAAACCAAAGAAUACUAUGGUAGCUACUUAUUAGGAUGUCUAGUUUCUGAUGGACACCAAGUUUAAAAAUAAAUUGUUUCAUUUUAUCUCAUUUAAAAUGUUGCAAAUGAAAAUAGAAGGAAAAAGGAGUACUGUAUUAGGUAUGUUCUCCACUUCCAAAUAAUAAAGAUGGUAAAUAAAUAAAUAACA